AUGGCGGAAGCUAAAACAGAACGUUUCACUGAUAUUGUGUUUUCUUGGUCGCUUGAAGACAUUUCCAAUGAAAAUCUUUACAAGAACCAGGUGGAAAAAAUUCCUGAAACAUUCCAUUCGGUUUGGCAAUAUUUUGGGUCUUAUUUAUAUCCUUUAUUGGAAGAAACUCGAGCACAGGUGCAUUCAAGUAUGGAAACUAUUGACAGAGUACCAUUUGCUGAAGUGGUUGGUUUUGAAGAAUGCAAUCCUCAUGGGCCAUAUGGGGAAAAUGUAUAUGAUAUCAGGGUUGAUUGCUGGAGAAACAGGUUCAGCGAUCGUGGAAAGGAACCAUACAAAACUUUGCCUGGGGAUCUUUUUGUCUUAGCAGAUGCCAAACCCGAAACAGUUUCUGAUUUACAAAGGGUAGGGAGAUCCUGGGCUUUUGUUUCAGUCAUUAAUGUCUCAGAAAAUGAGAACGAGGAUGAUAGUACUUCUCUUUAUUUUAAAGUGAAGGCAUCCAAAGAGUUUGAAGUCAACGAUAGCACUCACACAUCACUAUUUUUGGUUUUCCUGGUGAAUUUAAUCCCUAAUAGCAGAAUAUGGAAAGCAUUGAACAUGUCUGGAAAUCUGCAGAUUAUCAAGAAAGUUUUGUGCGCUGAUUCUGUGGCUCAGAGAAACAAUUAUCUCUAUUGUGAAAGGAAUGAUGGCAUCCGGGUUAAGUGGUUAGUUGAGAGUUUAUCAUCUGGAUUGAAUGAAUCCCAAACUGGGGCAGUUUUGGCCUGUCUUGAAAUGCUGCAUUGUGAUUCCAAGUCUACUGUGCAACUUAUAUGGGGUCCACCUGGGACAGGAAAAACUAAAACCACUGCUACUCUGCUUUUAACUCUGUUACGGAUGAAUUGUAGGACUGUUAUAUGUGCCCCAACAAAUGUUGCAAUAACUGAAGUUGCUUCUCGUGUUCUAAAGAUGGUAACUGAAGCAGAGUCCGAUUCUUUGUUCUGUUCUUUGGGAGAAGUUCUUCUAUUUGGGAAUAACGAGCGACUCAAAGUUGGUCCACACAUCGAAAAUAUAUAUUUGAAUUACCGUGUCAGAAAGCUAGGCGAGUGCUUGGGGCCAGUGACUGGUUGGAGGAGUUGCUUUGUUUCCAUGAUAGAUUUUCUUGAAGAUUGUGUUUCUCAUUACCAUAUUUUCUUGGAAAACGAGUUAACCAAAGAGAAAGAAGAUAAUGGUGUUGGUGAAGCGACAGAGAAAGAAUGCAGAAUUGACACUGAAGUUUUGAAGGGGAAGUGCAAAUCAUUUCUUGAAUUCUUCAUAGAUAGAUUUGUUUCUACUGCAUUACCGCUAAGAUAUUGCAUUUCUACCUUUUGUACCCAUAUAGCCAAAAAUUACAUUUCGGUACAUAAUUUCCAAAACAUGAUUUCACUCAUAGGCAUAGUGGAUUCCAUUGAAUUACUAUUGUUGCAAGGUAAUGUUGUUUCUGAAGCAUUGGAACACCAUUUCUCUCUUUCAGAAGUUGAAGAUGUGCCUGACUCAUUUAUAGAUAACUUGUUUCUGCUGUGCAAGAAGAGAAGAGAAUGCCUUUCAAUAUUACGUACUCUACAGGAUUCUCUUAGAGGACUUAUCCUUCCAAAUGUUCGAAAUGAAGAAUCUUUAAUGGAAUUCUGUUUUCAAAGAGCUUCCUUAAUAUUUUGCACUGCGUCAAGUUCCUAUAAGCUGCAUAGAGUGGAAAUGGAGCCACUGACCCUUGUUGUUAUUGAUGAAGCUGCACAAUUGAAAGAAUGCGAAUCAACAAUACCCCUGCAACUUCCAGGUGUGAAGCAUGCUGUUCUUGUUGGUGAUGAAUGUCAGUUACCAGCUACGGUGAAAAGCAAUGUUUCCAAUGAGGCUGGUUUUUCAAGAAGCUUGUUUGAGAGGUUGAGCUCAUUGGGUCACUCAAAACACCUUCUGAAUAUGCAAUACAGAAUGCAUCCCUCAAUAAGUUUCUUCCCAAAUUCAAAUUUCUAUAAUAACCAGAUCCUAGAUGCUCCAAAGGUUCAAAAACGAAGGCAUGAGAAAUACUAUCUUCCAGGGUCAAUGUUUGGUCCUUUUUCUUUUAUAAAUGUAAUUGGUGGAAGAGAGGAGAAGGAUGAGGAUGGACAUAGUAGAAAGAAUUUGGUGGAGGUUGCUAUUAUUGUGAAAAUACUGCGCAAUCUGUACAAAGAAUGGAUUGUUUCAAAACAAAAACUCAGUAUUGGGGUGGUAUCACCCUACGCUGCUCAAGUAGUUGCAGUUCAGGACAGACUUCGACAGAAGUAUGACAAGAUUGAUGGAUUUACAGUUAAGGUGAAGACGGUUGAUGGGUUCCAGGGUGGGGAAGAGGAUGUAAUUAUAAUGUCCACUGUCCGAUCUAAUAGUCAUCAAUCCCUUGAUUUUAUAUCAAAACUGCAAAGAGUUAAUGUCGCUCUUACAAGGGCUAGGCAUUGUCUUUGGAUUCUGGGAAAUGAAAGAACACUACUUGAUAGUGAAUCUGUUUGGAAGUCCUUGGUCCUUGAUGCCAAAAGUCGUCAAUGCUUCUUUAAUGCUGAUGAAGACAAGGAUUUGGCCAAGGCCAUAUUAGAGGUGAAGAAAGAGUUUGAACAAUUUGAUGAUUUGCUUAAUGCUGACAGCGUACUUUUUAGAAGUUCUAGAUGGAAGGUACUUUUCAGUGAUAACUUUCUGAAGUCAUUCAAAAAGCUCAAGUCAAUCCGUCUGAAGAAGUCUGUAUUAAAUCUUCUUCUGAGGCUUUCCAGUGGUUGGAGACCUAAGAAGCGAAAUGUAGGGACAAUUUGUGGAAGCUCUUCACCAAUCUUGAGGCAAUAUAAAGUUGAAGGUCUAUCAAUUGUUUGCACAGCUGACAUUGCAAAGGAUGUGAAAUACAUUCAAAUAUUAAAGAUCUGGGACAUAUUGCCUCUAGAGGAUAUUCCAAAAUUGGUAAAUCGCCUAGAGAGUAUUUUGAAAAGGUAUACAGAUGAUUUUAUCAAUCGGUGCAAGGAGAAAUGCCUUGAUGGUGACUUGGAAGUUCCGAAGAGCUGGCCACCCUCUUUGGAUGUUCCCCGGUUCAAGGAUCUUAGCGUCACUGAAAACCAGAGUGAUUUAGUUGGUGACGAUGAUUCUGAUGGUAGAAGUUAUGUUGAGAAUUCACAGGUCAGCGAGAGUUUGUUGCUCAUGAAAUUUUAUUCCUUGUCAACUGGUGUAGUAAACCACUUGCUGUCUGACCGCGAGGGUAGAGAGUUGGAUCUUCCAUUUGAGGUUACAGACCAGGAAAUGGAGAUUAUUCUUUAUCAUAGAAGUACGUUUAUAGUUGGACGGUCAGGAACGGGGAAGACCACAGUUUUAACCAUGAAAUUAUUUCAGAAUGAACAAUGUCACCAAUUGGCAGUGCAUGGAUGCCUUGGUAGUCCAAAUAGCAUGGUUGAGCAGAGUUCUUCAGCUACUAGAGGGAGGAACCUACACCAGAUUUUUGUGACCGUGAGUCCUAAAUUGUGUUUUGCCAUCAAGCAACAUGUUUUACACUUAAAAAGUUUUGCAUGUGGUGGAAGUGAUUCAACCGAAAAGAGUUUGAUUGAUAUGGCUGAUUUUGAUGAGGAGGAAGCCCAAUUCAAGGAUAUCAAGGAUUCAUUUCGUGAUAUUCCUCCCAACUCUUACCCUCUUGUUAUAACAUUCCAUAAGUUCUUGAUGAUGCUAGAUGGAACACUGAGUAACUCAUACUUUGAAAGAUUCCCUGAUGCAACAAAACUUACUCUCGGUCAAUUGCAAAGUUCAAGAUCAGUUGCGUUGCAGACAUUUAUAAGGACAAAGGAGGUUAAGUAUGACAGAUUCAGUUCAUCUUAUUGGCCCCAUUUUAAUAUCCAGUUAACAAAGAAGCUUGAUGCUUCAAGAGUCUUUACAGAGAUAAUAUCUCAUAUUAAAGGUGGUUUGGGAUCCAUAGAAGCAGGUGAUGGUAAACUCAAUAGGGAGGAUUAUGUUCAAUUGUCAGAGGGCCGGGCUUCCAAUUUAAGCAGGCAAAAGAGAGAAGCAAUAUACGAUAUAUUUCAGGCUUAUGAAAGAAUGAAGAUGGAAAAUGGUGAAUAUGAUCUGGCUGAUUUUGUAAUUGAUCUUCACCGCCGUCUCAGGCAUGAAAAAUAUGGGGGUGAUCAAAUGGACUUUGUUUAUAUUGAUGAGGUUCAAGAUCUUACAAUGAGUCAAAUUGCUCUGUUUAAACAUAUGUGCAGCAAUGUUGAGGAGGGUUUCGUUUUUUCGGGCGAUACUGCUCAAACAAUUGCAAGGGGUAUUGAUUUUAGGUUCCAAGACAUACGACAUCUGUUCCACAAGAAGUUUGUAUUGGAAUCAAGAAGUAAUAUGCAUGACGAAAGAAAAGUAAAGGGACAAAUUUCAGAUAUAUUUCAUUUGACUCAAAAUUUCCGUACCCAUGCUGGUGUACUGAAGUUAUCACAGAGCAUUGUUGAACUAAUCUAUCGCUUUUUUCCCCACUCUAUUGAUGUUUUAAAACCUGAAACCAGUCUUAUAUACGGGGAAGCUCCAGUUUUGCUUGAAUCUGGAGAAAAUGAAAAUGCAAUCAUAAAAAUAUUUGGAAAUAGUGGAACUGACAGUGGAAAUAUAGUUGGCUUCGGUGCAGAGCAGGUUAUUUUGGUGCGAGAUGAUGGUGCUAGGAAAGAAGUUUCCAUGUUUGUUGGGAAACAUGCUCUUGUCCUGACCAUUGUGGAGUGCAAGGGCCUCGAGUUCCAGGACGUACUCUUGUACAACUUUUUUGGUUCAUCACCAUUGAAAAAUCAAUGGAGGGUAAUAUAUGAUUACAUGAAGGAACAAGACUUACUUGACUCAACACUACCUAAGCGCUUUCCAAGUUUCAAUGGAGCCAAGCACAACAUCUUGUGCUCUGAACUAAAGCAACUAUAUGUAGCCGUUACUCGUACCAGACAGAGAUUGUGGAUUUGUGAGAAUGCAGAAGAUCUCUCCAAACCUAUGUUUGACUAUUGGAAGAAGAAAUGUCUUGUACAGGUUAGGCAACUGGAUGAUUCACUUGCACAAGCAAUGCAAGUUGCAAGCAAUCCAGAGGAGUGGAAAUCACGGGGCAUUAAGCUAUAUCAUGAACAUAACUACGAAAUGGCCACAAUGUGCUUUGAAAGAGCUGGUGAUACAUAUUGGGAAAGAAGGUCAAAAGCUGCCGGCCUUAAAGCUAUGGCUGACCGUAUGCGAAAUUCAAAUCCUGAAGAGGCCAAUUCCAUUCUUAGGGAAGCUGCUGAAAUAUUUGAUGCUAUAGGCAAGGCAGAUUCUGCUGCCAGGUGUUUCUCUGAUUUGGGCGAAUAUGAAAGAGCAGCUUGGAUUUAUUUGGAUAAAUGUGGCGUGUCUGAUCUGGAAAGAGCUGCGGAAUGUUUUUCUCUAGCAGGAUGCUACAAAGAGGCUGCAGAUGUGUAUGCCAAGGGAAACUUUUUCUCUGAGUGUCUCACUGUUUGUGUGAAAGGAAAACUGUUUGAAAUGGGUUUGCAAUACAUCAAUUAUUGGAAACAGCAUGCAACAGAGGACUGUGUUGUGGCUAGACGAGGUGAAGGAAUAGAUAAAAUUGAGCAAGAAUUUCUGGAGAACUGUGCAUUUCACUAUUAUGAGUUGAAAGAUGACAGAUCCAUGAUGAAAUUUGUUAAAGCUUUUGAUUCUAUAAUAUCGAUGCGGAACUUUUUGAAGAAGUUAGGUAUCCUUGAUGAGCUUCUUUUGUUGGAAGCAGAAUUUGGAAACUAUCUUGAAGCAGCGGACAUCGCAAAGCUAAAAGGCGAUAUUCUACUCGAAGCUGAUUUUCUUGAAAAGGCAGGCAAGUCCAGAGAGGCGUCAUUACGUAUUCUAUUCUAUGUGCUUGCCAACUCUCUUUGGUCAUCUGGCAGAAAGGGCUGGCCCAUACAACAGUUUUCACAGAAGGGGGAGAUUUUAUCAAAAGCCAUGUCAUUUGCUAAGAAUGAAACAGAAAGCUUUUAUGAGCUUGUUUGCACUGAGGUUGACAUUCUGUUAAACGAGCAGAGUAACUUGGCUUUGAUAAAGAAUCAUAUGGAUGUUUGUCAGAGGCAUAAGAGUAUUAGAGGUGAAUUAAUAUCUGCUCGAAAAAUAUUGGAUGCUCAUAUUUCUUCCAGCGCCAAUAAGUAUGUGUGGGAUGAUCUGAUCAAGUGCUCGGAAGACAGAAUAUCUGAAAAUCAGGUAUCUAUAGAUUCACUGAUUUACUUCUGGAAUUUUUGGAAGGAUAAAGUUGCUUUAAUUUUUGAAUAUCUUGGAUGCCUUGAAACCCAAGAUGUUAAUGAAUACAAAAGCUACGGAGAGUUUUGUUUUGAUUACUUAGGAGUGUGGAGAUUGUAUCAUAAUCUUAGUCCAGUCUAUGUUUUACUCAUAUCUGGUGCUGAUUGGGUUCGAGGUGUGGACAAAAGAUAUUUUAGAAGUCAUGGAAAGUUGGUCUCCGUUCAUGUUCACCAGCUUGUCUCAGCUGCUCGCAAUUUUUGGAGUUCAGAAAUGCUUUCUGUUGGCAUGAAAGUUUUGGACAAGCUUGAAAUUCUUUACAAGUUUCCAAUGAAGAAUGCUGAUCAAGUGUUCUGCCAAAGCAGGUGCCUUACCCAUAUUUGUGAGGUCUCACUAUAUCUUUUGCAAUCAAAAUGUUUGAAGCUAAAGUAUCAGGAUAUGUUGAGAUUGCAGAGAUGUGUAAGGCUUUCAACUGAGAGUGUUGUUACGCACAUAUUUCCUAUGGAUUGGAGGAGUUCAUUGAGGGAGAAUAUGAUUUCUCUUAGAAGAACUGAUGCUCUAAAGAAGGCACUGGAACAAGUAAUAGUUGAGUAUACCAGCUCGAAGAGGGAGCUGUCUUUUGGGCAAAUUGGAAGGCUUGUAACAGUUAUUCUCGGGUCCGGUAAGCUGAAUAGUGAACUAUACGAAAAGCUUGUGGAAAAACUGGACUGCCAACAGCCAUGGAUGGCGUUCAUUGAGAACCUCUGUGGGAAUGUUGGCCCUGGAAACACCAGUCUAGAACCGAGAGAGGUUUCUGUAAUGUUGAAGUUCUGUGGAGCUUUGGUUGAUACUUAUAAUGCGAACUGGAGGGUUGUUAAUGAUUACAUAUCACCUGGUUGCUUUUUGUACCUUGUGGAGCGCCUUCUGUUUUGGGCAACUCGCUUUAAGGGUUGUGCUAUCACUACAAGUUCUUGCUUUAUUGAGUGGCUUAUGUACCAAGAGGAAGAUACCAAAAUAAGUUCCAUAGUUGCUGAUGUGCCAUCAUCUUUGGAUGACAUCCUUCAUUUUGUGAUUUAUAUGGUUCAGGGGUGUGUUUUUAAUAAGGGGGAUAUGGUUGAAUGGAUUAAAAAGACCAAUGCAAAUUGGAAGAACUAUUAUUCACAGCUCAUGUUGAGAUUUGUUACUGUUUUAUGCUUGGUUUAUGUGAAUUUUGAUAUGGGUCAAGAUAUACUCUACCAUUUGCUGGGGAAGGAAUAUAUCACCGAGCAGCUGCCAUGGGAAUUUUCUGACGCCCUUAAGAGGAGGAGACACAAAUCUCUUAGUAUAAAUGUGAGUGAGCUAGGUGCAGCUUUUCGGAAGAUUGGUAAUACUUUGGUAGUUGCAGAUUUUGGGUCCAAUUGUGCAAGGAUCGUAUGUCCAGAUGCCAUAUUUUUUGACAUGAAGGCCAACCAUUCCAAGGAUGACAUUCUGAGGAAGUUGUUUCCUAAACCACCUGUACUACCAGCUUCCCAAGCUAGAUCUGUUGAAGCAGGAGGCAAUAAUUCUGGCAGUCGUGUGCUUCAUGCAACCAAUUAUGAGGGGAAGAGUUCUAAGAUCCUGCCAUCGAACUCUGGUGUGGUGGAACCAUUACAGACUGAUGCUGCAUCUGAUAAGCCGAGUGAUGCUGGGGACGGGGCCAGUCACACUACAGUUGAGAAAGAUUGCAUAACCAAUGGGUCAAAUCCAAAGUCUCUGCACAUUGAUGCUGCUUCUGAGCCGGGCGAUGCUGGGGACAGUCACACUAAAGAUGAGGAAAGCUGCAUAACCAAAGAGUCAAAUCCAAAGUCUAAGCAAGCUGAUGUUGCGGCUUCUGGAUCCCAAUCUGGCAGUAAGGAAACUGGAAACAAGGGGAAGAAAAAGGGCAAGAACAAGAAGCCCAAGAAGAAAGGAGGCAAAAAGUAACCAUCACAUGUUAAUAUAUAUUAUAUAUAUGCUAUGUGAAUCUUGUUAUGUUGGAACUUGAUGGUUCUUUUGAUAUAUAUAUAUGUCAGACAAUUAUCUUU